CCCUCUUUCUUACACAAUAAUCCUCAUUAUUCCAGUAGAAGAAUUUAGCUAUCUUCUUCGUCAAAAUGUUUAAAUCUAUUCUUUUGCUCUCUUCAUCCCUCUUAUUCUUUUCUUUAAUAUGUUGUAUUCUCGAUCUCAAUAAAUAUAGAAUUUUGAAGCGACAAGCUCCGAGAUUCCCUCCCCGCGACUGGCGAGAACUUGGGCGAAUAACGAUAAUAUGGGCUGUAAUUAUUGGGUUCACCAUCUCCAUCACAGUCUCUUCAUCAACAUCAAAUACAAAACUUCUUUCUAUCCUUUCUCCUUUGCUCAAUAAGAUUAUUAUACUUAUUCAGGUAGGUAUAUUGACUUUGGGGGGUUAGUUUUGUGGCUAAAACGAAUUUAUUGGUGUACGCCAUCAACCAGAUACCUUUAUCCUUAGUUUUGAAAGGCGGAAUAUGGGAUAAAAUCAUAUUCAACAUUAUUUUCGUAUGGUUCACAAUUUUAUAUAUUAUACUCUCUGUGUUAGGUACAAGUUGUUGGUCAUUGCCAGGAGAAUUCCUCUUUCUUGCUGUUGUAAAGUUAUGGCUUCUUCUCACUUCCUACAACAAACGAUAUUGCAGAAAAAUAGGAUCUCACAAUACUUUUUUACCUGGCCUAAUCCUUGAUAUUACCAAGAAUAUACUAGCAUGUGGUGGUAGCAUCGCUAGCGCUAUCAUUGGCUAUUUCGACCAGCAGAAUGAUCCAGGGAGCUCAACAUCAAUACAAGUAAGAUAAGUGAAUAAACAAAAAAUUGGGUUAUGAAUUAACUAACUUUAUAGGCUUAUAUUCUGCUUGCUGGUCUUCUCUUUGUCUGUGGAAUAUUAGGCGAACUCUGGUGGUUAUGGAAGGUCGGGGAUCAGGAUAGUGUAGUUAUGGAAAACCAAGGGGCAAACGAUAUUAUGCAAGGUCAACUGGAAAGUGUGAAUAAUAAUUGACUGAUACAUCCAAAUUUAAUAUAUACGAUAGGGUCAAGGGAUCGGGUAGUCGUCGUAACGAGGGGCAAUGAUGACGUGGUCAAUGAAUAUCUUAUUUCCGAAGAUCUACAACGACCAUCUAGAGCUUUUGCUCUAGGUGGUCGUCAAACGCGGGUACAG